CGGGUAGCUCAUACGUAGCUCAGCUUCAACUCGGGCCUAGCUUCCCCCUUCCUCACCAUGGGAGACACAGACACCGACGGGAGUAGGUAAGCUAAGGGAGAUACGCGAGCGAGGGGUAGCUCCUUUCGGGUUUCUUGCGUCUUUCAUAUUUGAGCUGUUCGGCUGCACUUCUACUUCUCUACCUCCCUUCCCACCUUACUUCCCACCUUACUGUUCAUCAAAGCAUCAUCACCUCGAAAGCUUCAAACGAAUCAAACGACGACUUGUCAUCACCAAUACCCUUCCCACAAGCAAACAACCAACAAACACAUAAAUCACAAUGUCUUUCCUCAUCGAAGCCACCGGACGUCGUCUGGCCACCAUCCCCCGCGUCAUCCCCAGAGCCGCCGUCGCUGCUCCCAGAACUUUCACCACCUCCUUUGCCGCACAAAAGUCCGCAACAGAGACUGUCAAGGAUGGUCUGAAGACUGUUGACCGUAAGGUCAGCGACAAGCUUGUUGAUGGCAUCAACGCUGGUGCCAACGUCGCCGAGAAGGUCAAGCAAAACGUCCCCAACACCCAGGGCGAGGCCGCCGGCAAGGCACAAGAGCUCAAGGGCGAGGCUGCCGGCAAGGCACAGGAGCUCAAGGGUGAGGCCAAGGGCAAGGCCAAUGAGCUUGCUGGCAAGGCGAAGGGUACCGCCGACCAGGUCAAGAAGAACCUGUAGAUGGGUCUUUCUCAACACCAAAAGUUCCAGGAUGAAAGAUGUAUGACGACGAUUUCUAAGCAUGCGUUACGAAAGUCGCUGGACUGGAAUUGUCCACGCGACUACCUGUACACUAUCACCACCUCAUAGCAUGGAAGGGGUUAGAGGGUGACUCCAUGGGGCGUUUCAGCAAGGGCAAAUCAAUAUUGCGAUUGAUCACAACACACUUCAAGCUACUCCAUUCAUCGCAGUGACUCCUGUUGAUGUCGGUUCGCAACCAUGGCACACAUAACAUAAUAGCCGUUGACCAUUCGAUGCUCAACAUCCUAGAGAUACACCCUUUGGGAGCAAGGCAAAGAGAUGCUUGUUUUCCAGGUCUUCAACCCCUACUACCAUGACAUCUCGAUAAAUCAGAUAACUUAUGAGUCUCCCCAUAUCCUCAAGUGUCUGCCUUUUCUAGCAAGAGCUCUGCGCGGGUUAAGGGG